AUGGCAGACUCGGCCCCACCCGAGUUGGCAGCAGCCUUGCUGAAAUGGGUACGACACUACCGAUCCCAAUCGUCUUACAAUCAGCUCAUGUGGCCANNGGUGCAAGCAUUCCAGACGUCCAAGAAGGUCGAAGGCUGGGAGGACAUACAAGACGGCCAAGUGCUAUGGGACAUCCUCCGAGACAUCGACCCGGGCUACUUUCAGGACGACCUGCCAGAACCACCAGCCAAGACACAAGGCCACUGGAUCCCACGAUGGCAGAACCUCAAGCAUGUCAAUCGUCUCGUCACAUCAUAUCUACGAGACUCGAGCGGCUCCAUCGAGAAUCCGGCAGGCAGCCGUGACCCAGACCUCAAGGCCAUUGCUACAGAUGCCAGUGCGAAGGACACUGUCAUGCUGCUCAAAUCAAUGCUCCGCGCCGCCAUGUACUCGCCCGAGUCCAACCAGAGAAUGGGUCGCAUAGUCGUCGGCCUUGGUCCUGAAGUCGCCGUCACGAUUGCUGCAGCCAUGAAACAGAUGGAAGAAACCGAUACACCGCAGCCUGAAGCCGCCGACCGUUCCGACUACGAAAUCACUUCCGAAACAUCUACUCCUGCCGAAUCUAUGUUGGAGAAACCUGCCGUCCCCGUCAACGAACGUCUCUCCCUCGGUACCUCCGGUGAACGCGAUCCCGAAUUGGAACAAGAGGAGAAGCUCAUACAGGCAUUCAAGGUCAUCCAGGAUCUGGAGAACAACAACGCAAAAGCUGCCACCGAAUUGGAAGAGUUGAGACAGGACAAAGAAGAACUGCAACAAGCAUUUGACGCCUUCAAGUAUGAGGUUGAGAACCAAGGUCGCAAGGCUGCUGAAAACGACACCAUGAAGGAGAUGCAGCUCAAGGCAGAAAGAGAUCGUGACUACAUUGCUGAGUUGGAAGCAGAGCUCGAGACUGUAAGAGACAAGUCGCAAGCCCAGGAACGUCAAAUCGAGCGAUUCAAGACAGACACGGACGCAAAGCAGAAGCUCAGAGAUGAUAUGCAAGUCCUCCGAGCUGAAAGAGACGAUCUGCUCCAGAAGACUCGCAUGAAUGAGAACCUCAAAAAGAAGAUCCAAGCACUGCAGGACCAGGAAAAGACCAACUCCACUCUGAGAGAGGAUCUUCGCUCAGCCAGCGACCGACUACAAGACUUGGAUCGUCUGAAAGACCAAUGCGCAGCCCUGCAAAAAGCAAACGCCGAGAACCUGAAACUUAUCGCAAAUGGUGAACAGGAAAUCUUCGACCAGAAAACAACUCGCAAACGUAUCGAGCACGAAUACAAGGUCCUCACGCAGAAGUGGGAAGCAGCCAAGGAGAGACAAGUCAAGGAUCACGAAAGUAUCACUGAUCUCGAGAACAAACUGCAAACACUCGAGCUUGGAGGAUCAAAUAUUAAUGGCGCCAUCGGUGGUCUCGAUGGAGAACUUGAGGCCUCGGAGAAGGCACGGGCUGAAAGGGCAAUGGCCAGAACUCCGGUCGACAGCAUUCCCUCUGCCGAUGCUCCCAUCUUGCAACAGAAGCUAGAUGCCAUUACUGCACGAAACAGCAAACUGGAGAAUGAAUAUCUUGAUAUCCUACAAGACAAGCUCGGUCUGGAAACGGCCUUGCAAGAUCUCCGCGAGCCUACCCGAGAGCCAGAAGAAAACGUGCCAUUCUUGGAACAACGCAAGAAGCUGCAGGCAGCACAAGCCGAGAUUCAAGAAAUGCGCAACCAGCAAUUUGGCACCAAUACUGAGAUGGCCAACAUAAAGGAGAGGCUUAUGGCCAUGCAGAAACAACUUACCGACAAGGAUGUACAGCUGGAUGGUAACGCAGAGUACCAGACCUUGACUGAUCGAUACUCGGAGUUGCACAAGCACAGCGAAGGUGUCGAAGCGGAGUUGGCCGAACAGCGCGCAUUGUUGCGACAUGCUUUGCUCAAUGCCUCACAGCUGUUGAGGGAGUCCGCAGAGACUCGCAAUGACAACGAGUACAAGCUACUAUUGCAGCAGUUGCAAGCAGUCAGAGACGCACCAGAUGACGACGAGCUGUUAGAGUCUACUGCAGCUCAACUUGCGGAUCGUAUAGAACAAGCCCGCCUUGACACUAUUGCCGCAAACAAGGUAUGUGAACUCACCAACCUCCCGGCUAGAAGCUAUACUAACACUCCCUUCUCUAGNCUCGCCGAAGACCGAGCGACUGAAUUGGCAGCACUCAAAAAACAAGUCAACUCCGGAGCAACAACGACGGCCACAGGCAACGUACCAUCAAUGGAAUUCGCAGCCCUGCAGCGCGAAAACAAGCUCAUUACAUCUGCAUGGUUUGAUCUCAGUAGCAGGCUGCAGAGCAAUACCGUCAUGCUGGGUAGGCGCAAAGAGAGUCCGAAGAGUUUCUUGGGCAAGCAGCGACAGCUGGUGACACCUGGGUUGGUAUCUGGACAGCAUCGUCGUUAG